AUUUGGUGACUCUGCACGUCCUGCGGCUGGGAUCAGCUGACUUCAGAGUGGUGGGACCAGACCGCCCUCUCCAGGUCACCGUGGGACAAUACAUCGUGCUGCCAUGUCACUUGUCCCCCAGCAUGGACGCUCGGAGCUUGGACAUCAGGUGGAUCCGGCACCGGUUCUCCAAAACGGUGCACCACUACCGAAACGGAGAGGACCUGUACAGUGAACAGCUGAGGGAAUAUGUUGGGAGGACAGAGUUGGUCAGAAAUGGUCUCUCCAGUGGACGCCUGGACUUGCGAAUCUCUGGGUUGAGACCCUCUGACGAUGGUCAGUACAUCUGCACUGUGACAGAUGAUGCCUCUUAUGGAGAAGCUAUGGUGAAGCUGGAGGUAGCAGCCACAGGCUCUGUUCCUCAGCUCUCCCUCGAGGCUUAUGAGGACGGAGGCAUCCGGGUGGUGUGUCGAUCGGCCGGCUGGUACCCACAACCGGAGGUGCUGUGGAGAGAUCCUGAUGGGCACCGUCUCCCCUCAGUGUCCCAGAGACAUUCCUCUGAUGCGAGGGGCCUGUUUGACAUUGAAGGCGUCAUCGUUGUGUCCAAUGGGAAGAGACGUGGGAAAUGGUCCUGCGUGGUCAGGAACAGCCGCCUCAACCAGGAGCAGGAGACGUCCCUGCACAUCUCAGGUGCAACGAUGGCAGCCAGGCACUACGUGGUGACCCUCGAUCCAAACUCAGCUCAUCCUGAACUUGUCCUGUCAGCGGAUGGGAGAAGUGUGAGAAGGGGAAGAGCACGGCAGGACCUGCCCGACACCCCUGAGAGAUUUGACACUCGGUGCUGUGUGCUGGGCCAGGAGGGGUUCAGGGAGGGGAGGCACUGCUGGGAGGUGGAGGUGAAGGGGAAGGUGGGAGGUGAUUCCUGGUGGGCUGUGGGGGUGGCCAGGGACUCUGUGGACAGGAAGGGGGAUACGGACCUGAGCCCUGCAGGAGGGAUCUGGGGACUGGGGCACUGGGAAGGGCACUUUGUGUCUCUCACCUCUCCUCCCCGUUCCCUGGGCCGGGUCCCCAGGAGAUUCUGGGUCUGUCUGGACUGCACGCAGGGGCUGGUGACUUUCAUCGAUGCUGACAGUGGGGUCGAGAUCUUCACUUUCCCACCAGCCCUGUUCAAUGGAGAGACCAUCCGACCCUGGUUUUGGGUGGAGACAGAGGAAACCCAGCUGUGCCUGAGGGACUGCACCUCCUAG